CUAAAAAAUACGAAAUUUGCGAAAAGACACGUCGGUGUAUCAACAAGAAUAAUAACGGAGGAAGAGUCGAGAAGAGAAGAAGAAGAAGAACACCAUGGCGGCAUCAGCAACUUCUCUUCUCCGCCUUCCUUCUCUUUCUCUCUGGAAUAAAGAUUUGAUUCCUGAAAGACGCAAUACAUUCUACAGGAAAAAUAAUCUUGACAUCACAGCUCUCGCAGGGAGUUCUCUGGGAAAAUCAGCUACGCGGCUCACGGCUGUUUCAUUUCCACCAAAUACCGAUAACCAUGGUCACCUCUCACUAAGUGUUCCCAUGUCUCGAAGAUGCGGUUUGAGUACCCGUCCGCAAGCAUAUAUAUAUCAUUGGUCUGGCUUUCGAAUUCCUGCAAAUGCUGAGAAGCCAGAAUGGUGGUGGAGGACUUUAUCCUGUAUACCCUAUCUAAUAGCAUUGCAGAUGUCUGCAACUGGGUUUUAUCUAGAACCUUUGCUUGAAAAAUUCCGAUUAUUCGAAAAUGUGAUCUUUUAUAUCCCAGGAGCUGUAAACCGAUUGCCAACAUGGUUCCCUAUAUUAUACUGCUAUUUGGCUAUCGUGGUAGUCGUAAAAAAUAAGGACUUCCCCCUUAUCUUCAGAUUCCAUGUAAUGAUGGGAAUGUUACUGGAAAUAGCUCUGCAGAUAGUAUGGGUUGCAAGCAAUUUCAUGCCACUUAUACACUUCAAGGGGACACUUGGGAUGUAUUACUGGGCUGCUGUCGCAUUGGCCUAUAUUAUCAUAACCAUGCAUAGCAUCAGGUGUGCUCUUCUUGGUACGUUUUCGAACAUCCCUGUUAUUAGUCAAUCGGCUUUCCUUCAUUCUCUAUUUAGUUUAGGUGGGUUCCAGCGGCCUUUUUAGGAGAAGUAGUCAAGAGCAUAUAUGUAAUUUAUAUGUGGUUUUGCAGUUAAAGGAAGGAUUGUCUUUAUUGUUUGUAGACUAUAUAGUUGACAUUUUAUUAUUAUAUAAAAAAAUAAGGGAUAUCAAAAUUUUGAUACGGGUU